CUUCUCUCUGCACCGGAUUUCAAAUCCUAAGCUCUUUCUCUUACAAAAAGAAGGAUUCGAAGAAUUGGGAUAUCUGGGUUGGAUAAAACUAUUAACUCCUUUGUUACAAAAAGUAUGGAUCCAGAUGCGGUGAAGUCGACCCUUUCGAAUCUGGCAUUCGGGAAUGUAUUGGCUGCAGCUGCUAGAGAUUAUAAAAAGGAAGUUCUUGCCAAUGAGAAGGCGCAAGGAUCAAGACCUGCCAACGAGGAGGUUGAUCUUGACGAAUUGAUGGAUGAUCCAGAGCUAGAAAGAUUGCACGCCGAUAGGAUUGCAGCACUCAAGAGAGAAGUGGAAAAGAGAGAAGCAUUCAAAAGACAAGGGCAUGGUGAAUACCGAGAAGUUAGCGAAGGCGACUUCUUGGGAGAAGUCACAAGGAGUGACAAAGUCAUUUGUCACUUCUACCACAAGGAAUUCUACCGUUGCAAGAUAAUGGACAAGCAUCUGAAGACCCUUGCACCUAGACAUGUGGACACAAAAUUCAUUAAGAUGGACGCAGAGAACGCUCCCUUCUUCGUCACCAAGCUUGCAAUCAAGACUUUGCCCUGUGUUAUCCUAUUUAGCAAGGGGAUCGCCAUGGAUAGGCUUGUUGGGUUUCAAGAUCUAGGUGCCAAGGACGAUUUCUCCACGACGAAGCUGGAGAACCUUCUGGUUAGAAAAGGAAUGCUUAGCGAGAAGAAAAAAGAGGAAGAUGAGGAAGACUACGAGUAUCAAGAAAGCAUACGUCGGUCCGUUAGGUCUUCGGCAAAUGUCAACUCUGAUUCUGAUUGAUCUCAAUGCUGAUCUCAUUGCAUAUCUCCAAGCCGUUUUUGUAUUUGUUUUUGCCGCUGCUUUGUUUGUAUUGUUUGGUCUAUGAAUCGUAAGGUUUUAUUUAUAAUGGGGAAACUCGUUCUAUAUUUUCUCAAAA